AUGAUUGCAAUUUCCGCUGUUUGGGGAGGAAAAAAAACAAAACUGCGCCCACGUUUUGGCUUUAUCCCAUCGCUGAAAGGAGAUGGCUUAGUGUCUCGCGGAGAAUACGAAGCAUUCUACAAACACAUCGACGAUAGGCGUCGCAAGAAAGACAAUAAGCGUGAACAUUUUUUCGAUAGUAUUGAACUUGAUCAUCUUGAGCAUUCGCCAUUCUUCCGCGAUUAUUACACUCACGUCUACAAAGUCAAACCGGAAAGACCGAACGAAAAAACUCCUCAGCGAAACCACCACAAGCGUCAUCAUCACACACGUCGUUGA